AAUUGAUUGACGGCCAGGUGCCUAUCUUAAUUAAGCUGAUAAAAAGAUAUAUUAAUUGCAAGAAAUUCAAAUCCAUGAAUUGUGCAUCCCUUUCUCAUUUAGACAUGGAUGCCAUUCACCUCCUAUUCCUCCCACUGCUCUUCUUGGCCCUCUACACCAUUACUCAACAUUUCCUUCACAAACUUCUCAAUCUUCCACCAACCCCUUUUCCCAACCUUCCCUUUAUAGGCCACAUCUACUUCUUCACAAAAUCCACACCUUUCCACCGAGCCCUGUCAGAGGUCUCCAGGCGGCACGGCCCGAUCCUCUUCCUCCGGCUAGGCUCCCGGCCUGUCCUCCUCAUUUCAUCUCCUUCGGCAGCCCACGAAUGCUUCACCAAGAACGACAUCAUCUUCGCCAACCGCCCGAAUCUCCUGAACGGGAAGCACUUCGGCUACAACUUCACCAGCCUUGCAUGGGCAUCCUACGGCGACCACUGGAGAAAUCUGCGCAGGAUUUCAGCUCUGGAACUCCUGUCCUCCCAUAAACUGAACCUGCUCUCGAGCAUUCCGUGCAAUGAGGCCCGAACCCUGAUCUUGAAACUGUUGGAGAAUAACAAUCCCAGUAAAAAUGUUGACAUGAGAAAGCUGUUUUUCGAACAUACCUACAACAUUGUGACGAGAAUGAUCACAGGGAAAGUGGGAGUCGAGAACUCAAAGGAAGCGGAGAUGUUUCAGGACAUUGUGGCGGAGAUGUCGAGGGUGACGCUGGAAGCUAACGUCGCCGAUUUUCUGCCCUUUAUGCGGUGGUUUGGGUUUGGAAACGUAGAGAGAAAGUUGAGUGUAGUACAGGAGAAGCGAGACAGGUUUAUGGAAAAUGUGAUAGAGGAGCGUCGCGGGGAGGAGGAAUCCGACGGUGGUGGAAAGCAGAAAAGCUUGAUAGAAGUUCUGUUGGAUUUGCAAAGGGAAGAACCUGAGUACUAUACUGAUGAAACCAUAAGAAACCUUUUCUUGGUUUUAGUCCAAGGAGCAUCUCAUACUUCAUCCAACACACUGGAGUGGGCAUUCUCUCUCCUGCUACAACAUCCAGACAUCCUAACAAGAGCAAGAGCCGAAAUCAUAAGGGAUUCUGACAUUACCAAAAUUCCAUAUCUCCGCGGCAUCAUCAACGAAACCCUACGGAUGCACCCUGCAGCACCACUUCUAACACCUCAUAGUUCAUCCCGGACGUGCAUCGUCGGAGGGUUCCAUGUCCCACGUGGAACUAUACUAUUGGUAAAUGCAUGGGAUAUUCAAAAUGAUCCUCGAACAUGGGAUGACCCUGAGAAGUUUGUGCCUGAGAGAUUUGAAGGGCUUGAAGAAGGUAAAAAUGACUUCAAAUAUUUGCCGUUCGGGUGGGGGAGGAGGGGAUGUCCUGGUGAAAACAUGGCUAAGCAAAUGGUUGGGCUGGCAUUGGGGUCUCUCAUACAGUGCUUUGAGUGGGAAAGUAUUGGUGAAAUUGAUAUGUCCGAAGGUAAAGGGGUUAUUACACCAAAGGUUCAACCAUUGAGGGCUCGAUGUAUUCCACGUCCAUUCGUUGUCGAUCUUCUGUCUUGAAGUACUAAUAUGGUACUGCACUAUUUGUGUUUUGAAUAUGAUGUGAUGCUUAUGCUGAAAUUUUUGCACAUGAUUAGUAACGCAUCAAAGAAAUAGAUAUUGGCCAAAUUUGAUUUUAAAGCCAAUGGGGUCGAAUCCUCCUUUUUUGGGCGUUCAACCACUCAAAUGUGUAAAAAAAUAAAUGUGUGGAUAGUAUAUAUAAGAAAUGUUAAAUUAACUAUGAAUUAUACCUUUGAAGCGUGUGGAGUUUUCGAUGUUUGAGCUCUCAUCCAACCAUUCAAGCAGAGACAAAGCGAUGUAUCCUCUAAUGGUAUGCACA